AUGCCCGCCACCACAGCUGAGACGCUGUCGCUCGUGACCCGCAACGUCUCCGUCGCGCCGCUCGUCCUCCUCUCCGCAGCCGACCACUACGGCCGCCAAGCAAAGGGAACCAAGAGGAGAGUAGUCGGUGUGCUCCUCGGACAGAACGACGGCAAGAACGUGCGGGUAUCCAACAGCUUCGCGGUGCCAUUCGAGGAAGACGAGAAGGACCCUUCAGUAUGGUUCCUAGACCACAACUACGUCGAGUCGAUGAACGACAUGUUCAAGAAGGUCAACGCGCGGGAGAAGCUCAUCGGCUGGUAUCACACAGGGCCUAAGCUGAGGGCGUCGGAUCUGGAGGUCAACGAGCUGUUCAAGCGAUACACACCGAACCCGCUACUCGUUAUUAUUGAUGUACAGCCGAAGGAGGUGGGCGUACCCACAGACGCCUACUUUGCGGUGGAGGAGAUCAAGGAUGACGGCACAACCACAUCCAAGACCUUCGUCCACACCCCCUCAAUAAUCGAAGCCGAAGAGGCCGAGGAAAUCGGAGUCGAGCACCUCCUCCGCGACAUCCGCGACGUCGCCGUCGGUACCCUCUCCACACGCAUAACCUCACAACUGCAAUCGCUCCAAGGCCUGCACCUACGGUUACGAGACAUAGGCCAAUACCUACAAAAGGUCCUCGACGAAGACCUGCCCGUCAACCACGCCAUCCUCGGUAACCUGCAAGACGUCUUCAACCUGCUGCCCAACCUCUCCACACCCAAGGCCGCACCCGUCGGCGGCGCAACAAACGGUGUUGGUUCCUCCGCGGGCCAGGCAGGCGCGGUUGAUAACGGCGAAUUGGCACGUGCUAUGAGCGUCAAGACAAACGACCAGCUCAUGGCUAUCUACCUGUCCAGUUUGAUCCGUGCGAUCACCGCCUUCCACGACUUGAUCGAGAACAAGAUACAAAACAAGCAGCAAGCGGAAGACAAGGAGGCGAAGAAAGAUGAGGGUAAGGAGGGCGACAAGGAGAAGAAGGAGGGAGAGAAGAACGGUGAAGUCAAGGAGGGGGAGAAGGGUAAAGAGAAGGGUAAGGAGGAGACGAAGAAGAAAUAA